UGUACAUAUGGGGUCAUAUAUAAACACACAAGGAGGGGAGGGGACUAAGGAAGAAGCAUGAUCCAAGCUAGCAGCUCAGCUCUCCACUCCCUCUCUGUGCUGUGCUGUGUAGUCGUUCAUUCAUGCACUUGGCGUUCUUGCAAUUGCAGCCCCCUUCUCCUCCUCAUCCUUGUCGGGGCAGUUAGCUAGGUGAGAAUAGUGCAGUGGAGCUCAACAGGCCAGCGAUAAGCAAUUAAUGGAGGUAGAGGCUUGCUACAACUAUGGCUUCCUACCUGCAGACAGAGGCAGGCACCAACCACCACCUGCACCACAUGCCACCCUUCCUCACGCUGCAGAGGAUGCAGGUGAGCUGUGGGAGUACUUCCCUUGCCCCUUUUGCUACAUCGAGGUGGAGGUGCCCUUCAUCUGCAACCACCUUCAGGAGGAACAUUGCUUUGACACCAGGAAUGCUGUUUGCCCCAUCUGCGCCAACAAUCUAGGGAAAGACAUGGCUGCACAUUUCAGACUGCAGCACACGCAUCUUCUCAAGAGGAGGAAGCCCUACAGGCCAAGCUCAUGCCCUGCGGCUGCCACCAGCCCAGCAACAUACCAAGUGAACUCUUACUAUGAAGAGGCAGAACCACAGCAGCACUACAGCAGGCCAUACAAAGAUCCUGCACCUGACCCAUUGCUCUCCCAGUUCAUCUGCAGCGUCGAUGCGAUCCCUGGUGAUGACAACGCCCAGAAAGAUGAUCAGAGCUGGGUUUUUGUUUUUUUUUCCAUCAGGCUGAAGUUGAACAACAAGGGAGCGACAGCGAGCGACGACGAUGCAUCAUCCAAACUGGGGCUGGAGGAGAGGCUGCAGAGGAUCGACUUUCUGACGGAGAUACUCAUGUCCACCAUUCUUUGAUGUCUUGUUACCGCUAUCUAGGGUUUCUUGAGGAUUUGUAGCAAUGGCUAUCAGGAUGUGUCUCCAUGUCACGUAAGCAAAAGCAAUUCCAUGUCCACAUGUACACCAUAGCCUUGGCUACCUAUAUAUAUAUACAAUGAAGUGCCAUACUUUGGCCAUCCUUGUCCGUCUGAAA